CAUGGCUUGGUUCACGGUGGUCGAUCCUUGCAAGCAAUCUAGAGGCCAACCACUUCCCAACCGACGAGGCAAUUGCCGCGGAAUUUGUUCGAAAAUUCUCGUCUCUGGCCGUUCUCAUUUGCUGGGACGCCGCAAUUUCCGAUGCGUUGGCGUCCAGUCAGUUUGUGUCCUUUUAGGAUGUGUUCAAAUUCGAAAAUAAGCCGGAACGCUGUUCCUGCACGCUGCAUCAAGCCUGCAGGCCUGCAUAUGCGGUGCGUUACUGCAGCCUGGUGGAGCAGUGGAGGAAGCAUUAGAUCACUGCGAUGUCAGAUGGCCAAGGAUCAUCUUUACCUGCGGCGUACUACGUUGUGGUUCUCACGUGCUUGGAGAUUCCUGCAUGUGUCCAGAGUGUUGAGACAGGAUCUGAAGCGGGAGGUUCGGGGCGGCUCCGGUCUACAUAUCUGGUUGAUGGUUGAUUUGGUUCAUGUUUUGUUCAUGGCACUUCUAGUCGAGCGUUGAUCUUUCGGACCUCAGAAUCGAAGGCUGCAAGAUCCCGGGAUGACCUGGCACCUCACCGUCGACAGGUGGGUAGAGGGAGCCG